AUGUCGUUCACACUAACACCAGAACGAAGACCCGCGACAACGACAACGACAACGACAACGUCAUGGACGAGAAAGAGUCGCAUAUUGACCCUCCUCAUGGCCUUGUCACUCAUCCUAUCCUCACUCGCCACCCCCGUCCCAAUCGAAGACCACAGCAACAACUUGCUCAAAUCUCCCGUUUUCAAGCAGAAUAAUAACAAGCCCGCCGUCGAGGCCAACAAUAACAACAAUGUUGCCGUAACCAACAAACCCAUAACAAACGCCAGCGUCCGCACCCUCCUCAACCCCAUCGCCAACGCCAACGCCCGUCCCGCCGCCGCGGGGCAUCCCCGCCCCCUCUUGCGACGACCCUCCUCCCAGUCCCAGUCCCAGUCCCAGUCCCACCCCCACUCCCAGCCGCAAGCCAAAGCGAAAGUCAAGCAAGUCACUCCAGCAACUCCCGCAGCAGCGCCAGCAAACUCCGAACCCCAACCCAUCAUUCCCGCUGUCGCCUCAGCUGCCGCCGCCUUCGUCGAAACUACCACUCCCAAAGAAACCAACACCACCACCGACCCCCUCCUCCCCGAACACAAAUACUUCCACGAACCAGGCUACACCGAAUCCCUCUCUCACUACGAUUCGCGCUUUUAUGGGGCUCCAAUCCCCUAUGACCCGCACAUCGUGCACCUGCGUCACUUAAUCCGAUCCUACCUGCUCAUGACGUCGUCCCGCUCUCUAACAACCUGGCUUGCGCACGGCACUUUGCUGGGGUGGUACUGGAACGGCCACAUAAUGCCGUGGGAUUACGACCUGGACGUUCAAGUUAGUAACAGCACCCUAGGGGAAAUGGCUAGGGAGUGGAAUGGGACGCGGACAAGACUGGAUGGGUUGAAUAUUAUCGAUGCGAGAUGGAUUGAUAUGGAGACGGGCAUGUAUGUGGAUAUCACGGGACUGAGCGAGGAUCGGUUACAGACUGCGAAAGGGACUGGAGAGGGAGGCAAAAGGGGGAAGGGGGUCGGGGUCGGGGUGUGGACGGAUAAGAAUUAUCAUGGGUAUGGGACAAGGCAGAUUUGGCCGUUGAGAAGGACAGAGUUUGAGGGCGUGGAGGCGUGGGUGCCGUGCGAUGUGGAGGGCGUUUUGGAGGAGGAGUAUGGAGCGAAGAGUUUGACGGCGGAGGAGUGGGCUGAACACCACUUUGAUCAUGGACGGAAGGAAUGGGUAAAGACGGAGUUGGUGAAGAAGGGGCCGUGA